UAGACCACCGCGCGAAACUUCUGACAUAUAUCCGAGUAUAAAUGAAAUGAAACCUCUGCUUAAAGAUCAAUUCAAAAUGUUUCCGGGUAUUGGAUACAGCGCUCUAAGAAUUAUGAAAUGGACCGUUGGAAAUGUGAUAUGGUGUCGGCAAAACGUUCCUAUACACAAACGAAGAAUUAUGUUAACCCGGUUAACACAAGCUAUAACUAAUUACGAUAAUAU